AUGUCGUUACGUUUCUUCAACAUUAAAUGGGAAGAUGUCGAUGAGUAUUUGAAGAGUAUUGGUUUUAUGAUCGCAGAAACUUCUCAUAAAUGGGCAACAGUGUUUAUGAAGGGAGAUUAUAAAGACUUUUCAAAUGGUUUACGUGGUGGUAAACAAACGGAUUCAUUUUAUGAUACGUUUCUCGAGAUUGAAGUAGAUGCGAAAGCAUUUGUCGUUCAAGCGUGUUCACAAAAGUCAGGAGAAUUCAAGGCUUUGGAUUUGGCUUAG